GCAGGAGCAAUCUAAAGCCUUUCUAUUAGAAAUACGUAACGUCAUAAAGGUAUACGGACAUGAGGCGUACUUGCAAAGCACUGUAAAGCUAUUUCCAUAUGGAAUAUACACUCGGAAUACAAGUGUUUCUCCUAUUGUUUUGGAGAUCGGCUUUAGAUGCACUGGUGUCGGAGAAUGACGGAGGCUGGUCGUCAAAUUCAGAAUACAGUUUGACUGAUGAGGGUCCUUGCAACAUUGACAUCUGGGACAAAGCUUCGUUAUCACAUCGCCAGUUUAUCCAACAAUAUGCCUACUCCAAACCAGUCAUCCUGAAAGGUUUCUCUGACAAUACAAAAUUCCAGUUCUUGUGCUCCAAGUGGAGCCUGCUGCAGCAGUAUGGAGAGAGGAUGGUGAGGCUCAGUACUGCCAACACCUACUCUUACAGGAAAGUGGAUGUCCGGUUUGAGGAGUUUGUGGACUUGCUGCUGAGGCCUCAGUCUGUGGACACACUGGGCAGUGACACUCUGUAUUUCUUUGGGGACAACAACUUCACGGAGUGGCACUCUCUGUUUGAGAAUUACAAGGCACCACGCUACAUGCUGCCUCACACCACGGGGGCCUACAGCUUCGGGAUCGCAGGCCCGGGAACCGGUGUGCCCUUCCAUUGGCAUGGACCUGGCUACUCUGAGGUCAUCUAUGGCAGGAAGCGCUGGUUCCUGUACCCCCCGGACAAGGCGCCCCAUUUCCACCCCAACUACACCACCCUGUCCUGGGUCAAAGACACAUACCCUUACCUGCUUGAGGAGAAGCCCAUAGAGUGCACCAUCCGGCCAGGAGAGGUGCUGUAUUUCCCUGACCGCUGGUGGCACGCCACGCUCAAUCUGGACACCAGUGUCUUCAUAUCCACCUUCCUGGGCUGACCCCUGACCCUGCAACAGACUAAGGGUCAUUGCCCCGUGACCAAAGCCCUGUUAGAAUACUUUCAACAUGCAUCAUUCCUUUUUUCCCCUCUGAGGAAAUCAUAGAUUUCUUGCACAGUUCUCAAUACCCCCCCUCCCCUCCCCUCCCCCUCAGAUAGCACAGUUCACACACAGUGGUUCCUGAUUAGUGAGGGGGAGCAGGCAGGAUGCACUUUUCAAAAGUAUCAUGUCAACUGAAAUGGCACCACACCACUCCUGUCAACUGAAAUGGCACCACACCACUCCUGUCAACUGAAAUGGCACCACACCACUCCUGUCAACUGAAAUGGCACCACACCACUCCUGUCAACUGAAAUGGCACCACACCACUCCUGUCAACUGAAAUGGCACCACACCACUCCUGUCAAUUGAAAACUGCCCAAAAAGUUAUCAAAAGCUGUAUUUCCAUUGUCGUCAUAACUACUAUGUAGAUCAGUGGUCCAUCUGUUCAGAGACAAAGAAACAAAGCGGUCAAAGACUAUUGGAACGUCUACUGACCAAUAGGAGAUGAGUGUGGCUUGUUCUGACUGUAUUCCCUGGAAGUCACACACUGCUUUUCCAGCCGUUUCCACUUCUGGGACUUUUCCCAUCGGUUCCAUGGUACCGGGCCAACUAGGUCAAAUGCAGCUAAUAUAUUUGACAUUUAUUUAAAUUAAAUAAAGUACUUGAAAAUAA